CUGCGUGUUGGGCGGGUAGAAACCAUUAUAUAAAUGGGUACAGGGGCCCAGAAAUGGCAGGCAGGACCCCGACAAGCAAAGCAACCGCCCGCCGGCCGCCUUGGACAGCCAAGGCAGCAGGCCAAACGCACCAGACGAAGCAGCUGCAGCCUGCAGCGCACGGGCAUGGCUACUGCAGCCACGGCCGGCUCCUCCUCGCCGCCCACGCCGCACGCCGAUGAUUCGCCGGAGCCGCCGCUCCCCGGCGAGAAGGUGUACGUGGCCGUGGGGAGGGAGGUGGCCGAGUCCAGGGCCACGCUGCUCUGGGCGCUGCACAAGUUCCCCCGUGGCGCCGGCGCCGGCGCCGCCUCCUUCGUGCUGCUCCAUGUCUACUCGCCUCCCAAGCUCCUGCCCUUCCUGGGUGCCAGGAUUCCAGCUGCCCAGGUUGGGGAGCAGGAGCUAGCUGCAUACAAGGAGAUGGAACUACAAAGAGUCAAUGACAGUUUGGAUCAAUACCUACACUUAUGCGCACAAGGAAGGAUACAUGCUGAGAAGUUGGUAGUUGAAUCAGAUGAUGUUGCACAGGGACUAGUGGAGCUCAUUUCUGAGCAUCAUGUUACUGCACUUGUUAUGGGGGCAGCAUCUGAUAAGCAUUAUACAAAGAAAAUGAAGAUUCCGAAGUCCAGGAAAGCACGAUUCGUAGAACUGCAAGCAGAUCCUUCAUGCAAAAUUUGGUUUAUUUGCAAGGGAACACUGGUUUGCCAUAGGAAAGCUGUUCAGCUUAGCCAUGAAGAAAUGCAGGAAUGUAGACAAAGCUCUGGGGUCACACAUUAUUCUGUGGACAAAUCAGCAAGUCUGUCAGAAAUGUGGUGUGUUGCAAACACAUGGCUAUGCAAAUCAAUCGGGGAACAACGGAUUGAAAGGACUUCUUCAGACCCGUUCUACAUCAGUGAGAAGGGCAACGUUGAAGAAACUUAUGAGUCCUACGAUAAUUUCCAGCAUAUCCUCAGGGAGCUAGAGAGUGUAAGGCAAGAAGCUUAUGAAGAGAAAUGCAGACGUGAGAAAGCGGAAAGAGAGUUAUUUGAGGCUUUACAGAAAGCACAAGCCUCUGAAAAUUUGUACCUCCGUGAAAUGAAGCAAAAGAAUGAACUGGAAGAAAAGCUGACAACAAUAAUGGAAGAAAUUGAGAGUCUCACAGUAAGGACCGAUGAACUUUGUGCAAAACUUCAAGGGGAACGUGAGCAAAGAAUGGUCCUGGAGAAGAGAGGUGCCCAUUCUGACCGUAUCAUCAAGGAUUUGAUGUUGCAGCGUGACAAAGCGCUGAGAGAGACAGAAAUGCUACGUGCGAAGAAAGGAGAGUCUAGUGCAACUGCAGAGGGGAUGAUGCACAUUACAGAGUUAUCCUACUCAGAGAUUAAGGAAGCAACUAAUGACUUUGACCAUUCAAUGAAGAUUGGAGAAAGUGUAUAUGGAAGUGUAUACAAGGGCUUUCUCCGGCACACCAACGUAGCUAUAAAGAAGUUGAAUCCUGAAACUACACCGACACAGUCACAGUUCAGUCAAGAGGUGGAAAUUCUCAGCAGGGUGCGGCAUCCAAACCUUGUCACUCUUAUAGGAGCAUGCAAGGAUGCUCAAGCCCUUGUCUAUGAGUACAUGCCAAAUGGAAGCUUGGAUGACCGGCUGGCUUGCAAAGAUAAUUCCAAGCCUCUCAGUUGGCAGUUACGAACCCGUAUCGCUUCUAACAUUUGCUCUGCGCUAAUUUUCCUCCAUUCUAAUAAGCCUCAUAGCAUUGUUCACAGUGACCUGAAAGCAUCUAACAUUCUUCUCGAUGGAAAUAAUGUAGCUAAACUCAGUGGUUUUGGUGUAAGCCAAAUAUUGACUGAUCAGUUCAAGGCCACAACUACUCUAUACCGUUAUACCCACCCAAAGGGUUCUUUUGUGUAUAUUGAUCCUGAAUACCUUAUCUCUGGUGACCUGACACCCCAAUCUGAUGUAUAUUCUUUUGGCAUCGUACUCCUACGCCUUUUAACUGGAAGAUCAGGAUUUGGUCUAUUGAAAGAAGUGCAGGAGGCUAUGGAAAAGGGUUGUUUGCAAGCAAUAUUAGAUUCAUCUGCUGGUGAAUGGCCUGCCAUGCAUGCUGAGCAGUUGGCUGAGUUAGGUUUGAGAUGCUGUAAAAUAAGAAGGAAAAAUCGUCCUGACCUGCAAACAGAGGCUUGGACUGUACUUGAACCAAUGUUCAAGUCUGCUUCGACAAUGCUAUGUUCAUUGUCAUUUAAAUCAGUAUCAGAAGACCUUGGUGGUGUGCCAUCCUACUUCAUAUGUCCAAUACUGCAGGAUGUCAUGAGGGACCCUCUAAUUGCUGCAGAUGGUUUUACCUAUGAAGCUGACGCAAUAAGGGAAUGGCUGGACAGUGGCCAUCAGACAUCACCCAUGACAAACCUUGAGCUACCCCACCGUGAUCUUUUGCCCAAUCAUGCUCUGCGCUCUGCAAUUCAAGAAUGGCUGCAGACAAAUGGAGAUUAAUGUCUGUCUUCUUAUCAGGGAACAUAAAAGGUGUUUGGAGGAGGGUGAUUGAUAUUGGAAUUUUCAGGAUUUGGUUCAAAUUUAGACUAAAUCUUAAGGAUUUAAAUCAGAUUCCCUCCUACCCAACCAUGGCCUUAGCAAGGAGAUCAGUGCAGAUAACAUGUUAUGCUGUAAGAUGUGUUUCUGUGCUACAUCAUGUUAAUAGGCACUACAACAAGAAUAAAGAAAUACACACAAGGAAAAAAAAGGCUUUCCUGUGUCGAGCCAUAUACGCUGGUCUUGUUUUCGAGCUAUACAUUUGAAAAUAAAAUAUAAUGAACCGGUGCUUAAUGUUGGACAGGAUUUUACAUGAUGUAAACUGUUUUGGUGAUCA